AUGGUGGAGGAAGGAGAGCAAUGGGGACCCCAAAGGCUACAGCCGUGGCAGGUAUUUCCUUCCCCUUUUUUGCAAACUGCAGUCCACACAGAUGCUGAUCUUGACUGUGGAUAAACCUGCAAAAUAUCAUAGUUACUAUUAGUAUUAGCAAUAGUAGCAUACCGCCCAACAUUGGUAUUCAACUCUGUUGAAAAUAGAGACGGCCCAUUCCAUAAUGAUAAUGUUACUGCUUAUAAAGGUAAAGGGACCCCUGACCAUUAGGUCCAGUCAUUGCCGACUCUGGGGUUGCGGCGCUCAUCUCGCUUUAUUGGCCGAGGGAGCCGGCGUACAGCUUCGAACCGCCAACCUUCUGAUCAGCAAGUCCUAGGCUCUGUGGUUUAACCCACAGCGCCACCUGCGUCCUUUACUGCUUAUACCCAGGGCUUUUUUUCAGAGGGGAACUCGCUGGAACUCAGUUUUGACACCUUUCAGGUGGGUGCCAUUGCCAUUCUCAGAGGGAGGUGUUCAUGGUGAGUUCUGGCACCUUCUUUUCUAGAAAAAUAGCACUGUUUAUACAUCUUCUUCAGUUGCCUCCUCACUCUGGGCAGCUCCCAAAAUAAAGAAAUUCAUACUAAAAUAUUAAACAUUUAAAAAUUCCCGAUAUAGGAUUGGACAGCUUGUGGGUUGGAUAAUUCCACAUCCACCAACAUUUCUCAAAUGCAAAUAGGGACAUUCUAAGGAAAAGUGGGAAAUUCCAGGAUCAAAUGAAAAACUGUCUCUAAUUCAGGGAUGUCCCUGGAAAACUGGGACACUUGCAGGGUCUGUAGUAAUAGAAAUGGCUGAAUAGGAAUUCCAGUCUACAUGAGAUACACGCAGGCCCCAAAUCAUAAGAGGUUGAAGUGAGUAGGACUGAGAUAUCCAUCUUGGCUUCCAGGUUUCUCAGUGCUGGUGCUUUCCCCUGUCAUUCCAGCUUCACCCUUUCUUGAGAGAAAUCCGGUGUCUGAAUACUUCCAGAGGCAGGCUGCGCUUGGAUGAGAACUGGGAGCUGCCAGGAGACUUCGAUAUUAUGAACUGGGUGAUGUCUCCCAAUAAGUCUUGUGACCUUGUGAAAAUUGGGAAUAUAAGGAGAGAGCCGUCUGCUAGCAUAAAGUUCACCAUUAACCCAGAAGCUAUUGAGUGGCCCAAGAAAUUCAACAAGGUAAGGGGAAUCACAGAGAGGGGAGGCUAGGAGAUCCUGAAUAUAUUUUCCUUGAACAACUGCUGCAAAAUGACUAUAUCAGGUUGAUCAAUGAUGUCUUGACCGUCCAAUAACAGCUGCAACCACCACUCCUUCUUUCCACAGCAGCUGAGAUAGGAGGGGAAUUUGAGGUGCUCAAAGAAAGGAUAGAGCCCAGAGGUCCUCAGAGAAGACACCAUCUAUUUCCGAACCAGACUGAGAAUUUAAGAAUUCUGGACAGAAUGUUUAACCGAAUGGACUACGUAGAAGAAAAGGGAAAACACCUAGUAAAAGUGAACAAUUGGGUUUUCAUACAUGCAGAAGGAUGGAAAGCAAUUUAUUUUUGAAAUGAUAAUUACUGAUUUAUUGUGGAUUUUUUAAAUUUGUGGCGUAUGCUCACUUGUAGAUGUUGCAAAUGUUAAACUAUUGUACGUGCAGGAAUUAAGAAGUGCACAGCUGUUGGUGAAGAAUGAUAAGUUUUUUUAAAAAACCCUAUUGUAAUAUAAGGUUAAUGUUAAGGAAUGGCAUAUGAACUAGAAAUAACUAGGGAAAUAGAUCAGCAACAAGAGGAAACCUUGCAUGCCUCAAGAACAGAGUGAGGGAAACCACUAUUUGGAAAAGUAAUAUUAAAUGUGUCUUAAUUAGCGGUUGAGAGAUUAUCAGAAUCCUGAAAUUUGGGGAAAUCACAUUUCAGACUCCAUUGCCAUUUUCUUUGAAGAUUUAUUAAGCAGGGAAGCAGGUAAAUGGAGAAGAGGAAACAGGGUUCUGUGGUGCAAACCUCAGUUGUCCUGAACUAAUUAUGAAGAACAAGAUAUUCUGGUUGCCCCAAUGGUCAGUGUGGGGUUGAAAGGACCCUGAUGAGGGGUCAAAGGCUGCAGACCAGAGAUCCGUUUGAAUUCACUCUAUGUGUGAAUUAAGGUAAAGGUAACGGGACCCCUGACCAUUAGGUCCAGUCGUGGCCGACUCUGGGGUUGCUCAUCUCGCUUUACUGGCCGAGGGAGACGGCAUACAGCUUCUGAGCCAUGUGCCCAGCAUGACUAAGCCGCUUCUGGUGAACCAGAGCAGCACACGGAAACGCUGUUUACCUUCCCGCUGGAGAGAUACCUACUUAUCUACUUGCACUUUGACGUGCUUUCGAACUGCUAGGUUGGCAGAAGCAGGAACUGAGCAAUGGCUGUUCAGCCCGUCACGGGGAUUCGAACCGCCGACCUUCUGAUCAGCAAGUUCAAGGCUCUGUGGUUUAACCCACAGCGCCACCCGCGCCCCUAUGACUGAAUUACAUACUCACAAAUAUUCCUAACUGUUCCUCUUUCUUGCACCUUCUUGUCUUUCUGGUUAGGCCGUGCCUCGUUCCAGGUGUACAGAAAGAUGUCGACCUGGAUAUGCCAAGGUGGUUCUAGAAGGAAAGCCCAUUUGCUGCUAUGCUUGUGCUCGGUGUGCGGAAGGGACCUUCUCCGCCCAGGAAGGUGGGUGACUCCAAGGGGGAAGGUAUUUCUGGAGAGAGUAAACACAGGGCAGAAAUUCAGUCUCACACACUUUUUGUGAGAAUUCUGCAGACAUUGUAGAAUGUGGCUCCUUCCUCAACUUCUUUAGGAUUAAUCCCCUUCAUUACAUCCUGGAAGAGAGUUGAAAGGAAUGAUCAUAAGGAAGAAAUCUCUAGGAUUUCUUCAAAACAUAAUAGAGCACAGAUCAUUAGGGAUGUAAGUGAUGCUACAGCCACUCUUUUUCUCUUCCCCAGAUGCAGAACAUUGCACCAAAUGCCCAGAAGAUCACCAUUCAAACAAGGACAGAGAUCAAUGUGUCCCCAAGAUUAUCAUCUUCCUGGCUUAUGGAGAAUAUUUAGGAAUGGUUUUAGCUUCCGUUGCCCUCUGCUUGUCCUUAACAGCAGGCAUUGUGUUGGGAAUCUUCAUUAAAUACAAGGAAACUCCCAUAGUCAAAGCCAACAACCGGGACCUCUCCUACAUCCUGCUCGUCUCCCUCCUGCUUUCCUUUUUGUCCUCCUUCCUCUUCAUCGGGCGCCCAAGGAAAGAGACCUGCCUUCUCCGACAAACGGCCUUCAGCAUCAUCUUCUCAGUUGCUGUUUCUUCUGUCUUGGCAAAGACCAUCACGGUGGUGCUGGCCUUCCUGGCCACAAAGCCCGGGAACAGGGUGAGGAGAUGGCUGGGCAAGAGUCUGGCCAACUCCAUGGUCAUCUCCUGUUCUGGGGGGCAAGUUCUCAUCUGCACCAUCUGGCUGGGCUCUUCUCCCCCAUUCCCAGAGUCCGACAUGCGCUCCCAGGUGGAAGAGAUCGUCCUGCAAUGCAACGAAGGGUCUGUGGCCAUGUUCUACGUUGCCCUCGGCUACAUGGGCUUCUUGGCUGCCACCUGCUUCACGGUGGCUUUCCUAGCCAGGAAGCUGCCCGGCUCCUUCAACGAAGCCAAGCUGAUCACCUUCAGCAUGCUGGUCUUCUGCAGUGUUUGGGUGUCUUUUGUGCCCACCUACCUGAGCACCAAGGGCAAGUACAUGGUGGCCGUGCAGAUCUUCUCUAUGUUGGCCUCCAGUGCUGGGCUCCUGGGCUGCAUCUUCCUUCCCAAGUGCUACAUUAUUGUGCUGAGGCCUGAUCUGAACACAAAGGAGCACCUGACAACAAGGAAUUAA